AUGCUAUUCAAUCUUGUUAUGCGCGCUUUCACUUUCCUUACAACGAACUCCCACGUGUCAUCCCACACGUGCCACGCGAAAUAUCACAUAUUUAUAAUUUCUCAGCUCACUGAAAAUAUCAUCGUCGUCUUCACUUUCGACCACCACACAAUCAUACGUGAUCUCACCGACCUCCAUUACUUAUCUUCUCUCUUUCUCUUUCACACACACAUUACACAUUGCAGAAGACUACGCAUAUUCCAUCGGUUUCAAAUUUGA